AUGAGACACAAUGAUGUCCCCGGCGGAUUCACCUACGUGGACAAGGAUGGAGAAUCGGGCAGACGGAAAAUUCGCAUUGAAUACAUUGCAGACAAGAGCAGGCGUCACAUCACAUUCAGCAAGCGGAAAGCGGGAAUCAUGAAGAAGGCGUACGAACUCUCCAUCUUGACUGGAACUCAGGUCUUACUCCUGGUGGUAUCUGAAACUGGACUAGUGUACACUUUCACGACAACAAAGCUUCAACCGCUGGUUCAGAACGCAGAGGGAAAGAACCUGAUUCAGGCUUGUCUCAGCGCGCCCGAU